AUGAAGCUUGAUAUGAGUAAAGCUUACGACCGAGUUGAAUGGGGAUUUCUUAAGAAGCUUUUGCUCACCAAGGGUUUUGAUGGGCGUUGGGUGAAUCUGAUAAUGAACUGUGUCUCUUCUGUUUCCUACUCCUUCAUCAUCAAUGGAGGAGUUUGUGGCUCUGUUACUCCUGGCCGAGGCCUCCGUCAGGGAGAUCCUCUAUCUCCUUAUCUUUUCAUCUUGAUUGUUGAUGCGUUCUCUAACAUGAUUCAGAGUAAGGUGCAGGAAAAACAGAUUCAUGGUCCUAAGGCUAGCCGUAGCGGGCCUGAUAUCUCUCAUCUCCUUUUUGCUGAUGACAACUUACUAUUUACUAGAGCCACCCGUCAGGAAUGCAUUACUAUAGUUGAUAUUAUCAGCCAAUAUGAAGCAGCAUCCGGGAAGAAAAUUAAUUAUGAAAAGUCGGAGGUCUCUUUUAGUAGAGGUGUUUCUCUUGAGCAAAGGGAGGAUUUGAUGAGUAUCUUAAACAUGCGGCAGGUAGAUAAGCACGAGAAGUAUCUUGGUAUCCCUUCUAUUGCGGGCAGAUCAAAGAAAGCUAUUUUUGAUUCUCUUCUUGAUAGAAUUUGGAAGAAACUCCAAGGUUGGAAGGAGAAAUUACUUUCUAGAGCAGGCAAGGAAAUUCUUCUUAAAGCGGUUAUUCAGGCAAUCCCAACCUAUCUGAUGGGUGUUUACAAAUUUCCCGCUAUGAUUAUUCAGAAGAUUCAUUCAGCCAUGGCCCGAUUUUGGUGGGGGAAUAGUAGUGCCAGUAAGAAAGUCAACUGGAAGAGCCCGGGAAUCUAUGUGCACUUUGAAGUGUCUUGGCGGCGAAAUACUAUCGUCAUUGUGAUUUUCUUGAUGCUUCUCUUGGCUAUUCUGGUAGCUACUAGGAAGAGCAUUUGGAGUUCAAAAGCUUUAAUUAAGGAAGGGUUGUUGUGGCGUGUGGGUGAUGGGCGGCGUAUUCAUAUUUGGGAUGAUCCGUGGUUACUUGAUGAUGAUGGGCGCACCAUCUCCUCUGCUAGCAAUGAUUCGGUUAAUUUGGUCCAUGAUUUAAUUGAUGAGCGCACAUUGGGUUGGAAUUUGGAUGUUAUUGAUGGCAUAUUUAAUGAGCGGGACAAGAGAUGUAUUCUUGCACUUCCUCUUAGUGAGCAAGCUUGGGUGGACAUUUUGAGUUAUGAAGUAAGCCCAAAGGUGCGUCAUUUUUUAUGGAGAUUAUGUACUAACUCUCUUCCUACUCGUUCGCUGCUUAAAUACCGUCAUUUCAUUGAUGAUGAUUCUUUCCCUUGGGGUUGUGGGGAGGUUGAGACAGCAAGGCAUGCCAUCUUUGAUUGCCCUCGUUUUGCCGAAGUUUGGAGUGAAUGUGGCUGUGAUGUUUUGCGGGCUGGCAAUACAGAUCUGAAUAUGUGUGAGUUGGUCAGUGUUCCUAGUCCUCGAAAAUGGGUAGCUCCGACCGAGGGGGUUGUCAAGAUCAAUGUGGAUGCCUCAUUAGCUGUGGAAGGUUGGGUGGGCAUUGGUGUUGUGGCUCGCAAUCAUGUUGGCAACAUCCUCUUCUCGGCGUCCCAACGUAGUAGAGCCUUUUGGGCUCCUGAGCUUGCGGAGGCGAAGGCUGUUUCUAUGGGGCUGAGGCUGGGUAAACGUUUCGGUUUUCGUGAUGUUAUUAUUGAGUCGGAUUGUCAAGUUGUUGUUAAUCGUCUCUCCAAGAGUGUGCAUUAUUUGUCUGAUUUAGAUAUUGUUCUCUCCGAUAUCCACUCUGCUAGUUUGCCUUUUCAUUCUGUUAGAUGGUCGCAUGUAAAGCGCGAUGGUAAUUUCGUUGCUCACCAUUUAGCUAAGUUAGUUCCUUUUGGUACUGAAAAAAUUUGGGAGAACCAUUGUCCUAUGGAAGUGGCUCCUUAUGUACUCAUGGACAAUUUAUCCUUGGAUUAA